AUGUCUCUGGAAAAUUUAAAAACACAGAGAAGAUCUGUGAAAUCUUCUAUUACCAGAAUGAAUAACUGGAUAACUUCCCAAUCUACUGUUACAAAUGAAACUGCAUUUAUGAAUGAAUGUAUAAACAGACGCGACAAGCUUGAAAAGUAUUUCUUACAAUAUGAAAAUAUUCAAGGUCAAAUUGAAAUGCUUAUUGAAAACUCUCAGGAUGAAUUAUCAGAUAACGAAGACAUAGACUUAGUUGAGAAAAAAUACUUCACAACUAAUUCUGAACUAUCUAGAAUGAUUGAUGAAUUGACAUCGAACGAUAAUUCAAACUCUCAGAGUCAAACUAAUAAUAAUUGUAAUAUCGACGUCAAGUUACCUGAUAUUUCCUUGCCUAAAUUUAAGGGUCAGACGUCAGAGUGGCCUUCAUUCAUUCAACUCUUUGAAAAUCUGAUUAUUUCUAACAAUAGCUUAACAAAUAUCAAAAAAUUGCUAUAUUUAAAAGCUUCCCUUUCUAACGAGCCCUUGCAAUUGAUAGACGAUCUAGAACUUUGGGAUGACAAUUUUCAAAUAGCUAUAGAUACUUUAGAACAAAGGUAUGAUGAUCAAAGUGUUCUACUGUAUAACUUAAUUGAUCAAAUAUACCAACAAAAACCUGUGAGCAAAACUUGCCCUACGCUUUUACGUGAAAUAACGGCUAAAAUUGAUAAAUAUAAAUUCAUACAUUCGAAUAAUCUCUGUAAAAACUGUGUAGGGGGGCGCCACAUCACAAGGGAUUGUAAAUCUCUAAAAUCUUGUUCAAUAUGUCAAAAAAGACAUCAUACUUAUCUCCAUUCUGACUCUUUCCGUGCAAAUGAUAAUGCACAUAAUAAUAAUAAUGGUUCUAUUUCCCAAAACCGUUAUAACAACUCACAAUCUAUUCACUCUAAUGUACAUACGACAAAUGGUCAACAUCCUCACACCAAAUCGAUAAAUAAUCGAAAUAAUAACUUUAAUCGUCAAAUUGACGAAAAUUCACAUUCUCACCAGGCUACUGAUAAUCGACAAAAUCCUUCUAGACCACAGAAGAAUUAUAAUAAUGCUGAAACCAACGAAAAUCACAAUAACCCAUUUAAAACUACUAUUCUGCUAGACAACGGUUCCCAAAACUCAUUUGUUUCACAAGAACUAGUAAAUAAACUACAAUUGAAAACGUUUGAAAAAACACUGCAAAUUUCCGGCAUAUCACAAACAGUAUCAACCACAAAUAAAAUGGUUCAUUUAAAAUUCUUUCCACAUUCCAAUCCGAUCAAACACUUUGAAAUACCUUGUGCAGUAUUGCCAAAAAUUACUUGCAAAUUACCACAAGUAAAAAUUAACGUAAGCCAGCUACGUCUGCCUACUGAUAUUAUUCUAGCUAAUCCAGAAUUUAACAUACCAUCGGAGAUUCACAUUCUAGUUGGGGCCGAUUUAUAUUACAAACUUCUUACAACAGGUAUCAUAGAUCUCGCUAAAAAAUUACCUAGUUUACAAAAUACUGGCUUAGGCUGGAUAAUUGCUGGAACUAUUCCAAGCAGUGCUUCUUUUAAUUCCGUGAAUAUUCAAAAUAAUGAUUCCGUGUUUACAAGCUGUAAUCAUAUUUCUAUAUCGAACAAAGACCUAAGUUCAUCUCUUUCUAAAUUUUGGGAACAGGAGGAAAUUCCUUCUAAGAGUAUUCUCUCGUCUGACGACGAACUAGCGGAAACUAUUUUUCAAAAUUCCACACAAAUUCUGGAAAACAGCAGGUUCCAAGUCAAUUUCCCGUUGAAAUCUGAAAAAGAACACCAUAAACUCGGUGAAUCAUUUCUGAUCGCUAAAAGGCGAUUUCUCUCGCUCGAAAAUAGAAUCCAUAAAAAUCCAGAAUUAUUUUCUGAAUAUAGUAAAUUUAUUUCUGAAUAUGUAAACUUGGGACAGGCAAAAUAUGUCACUCUUAACCUCACUAAUUCAAAAAACGAAUUAAAAUAUUUUAUCCCACACUUAUGCGUAAUUCGUGAACAAAGUAUAUCUACAAAACUUCGUGUUGUCUUUGAUUCUAGUUGCCCUACCUCAACAGGUGUUUCUUUAAAUGAUAUAACUUUGAAAGGGUACCAGGUGCAACCAGAUCUAUUCGAUAUUCUUUGCCGUUUCAGGCUAAAUAAGUUUGCGAUAACUUCUGACGUACAAAAAAUGUUUCGUCAAAUUUCUAUAAACACAGAACAUCGUUUUUUACAAAAUAUAUUAUGGCGAGAAAAUCCUCAACAACCCCUGCAGGGCGUUGAGUUAUCAACUCUAACUUAUGGUUGCAAUUUCUCUCCGUUUGUAGCGACAAGAGUAUUGCAAGAGAUUGCAAAUAAUAAUAGUUCCAAUUUCUCUUUAGCGGCAAAUGCCCUCAUAUCCGAAACUUACAUGGAUGAUAUAAUUUCAGGUACAAAUUCUGAACAUGAAUUGAUAAAAUUAAUUCAAGAAUUAAAAAUUGUAUUAGGAAAUCACAGGUUCAAUAUACAUAAGUGGGCCUCAAAUAACUCAAACGUUCUCGCUGGAAUUUCCGAUUCAAACAAUUCUUCCUUCUUACAAAAUCCUGAAAAAUGCAUUAGUCUUGAUUUAGAAAAUUCUCAAAAUAAAGUUCUAGGCCUAAAUUGGAUCCCAGCUCCUGAUAAUUUGAACAUUUCUGUCCCCACUACCUUUUCAAUAUUCCCCGCAACCAAGAGAAAAAUUCUCUCAACCAUAUCGCGAUGUUUCGAUCCUCUUGGACUUUAUAAUCCCAUAAUAUUGUCUGGAAAACUUUUGGUCAAACAAUUAUGGCAAGCUAAACUUGACUGGGACACAGAGAUAUCAGAUCCAAUCAUACUGGAAAAAUGGCAUACAUUCGUAAACAAUCUUCCUAAGCUAUCUCAAUUAACUAUUCCAAGAUUCAUUUUUUUGGACAAAUCUAUCAAUCUCAUCGAAAUGCAUGGUUUCUCAGACGCGAGUCUGAAAGCUUUUGGCGCAUGCGUGUAUUUACGAACCAUUUAUUCUGACAAUUCUGUUUCCUGUAAUUUAAUUUCGGCAAAAUCGCGUUUCUACCACAAUUACACUUCCUCGGUUAGAAUUAUCAGCCAUGCUCCAUAA